AUGUCGGUCGUUUCUCUACUGGGCGUCAACGUCCUCAACAACCCAGCCAAAUUCGGCGACUCUUAUCAGUUUGAGAUUACCUUCGAGUGCUUGGAGACUUUGCAGAAAGAUCUCGAAUGGAAACUGACCUACGUUGGAUCUGCUACGUCCGAUGAACACGACCAAGAGCUCGAUACUCUUCUCGUCGGCCCAAUUCCCGUCGGGGUGAACAAGUUUAUCUUCGAGGCCGACCCGCCCAACACGUCACGGAUCCCAGACGCUGAAAUCCUCGGUGUUACCGUCAUCCUUCUUACGUGCGCCUAUGACAGCCGAGAAUUUGUGCGCGUUGGAUACUACGUCAACAACGAAUAUGACUCUGAUGAGCUCAAUGCUGAUCCCCCACCAAAGCCCAUCUUGGAGAAAGUCCGCCGGAAUAUACUUGCUGAGAAGCCUAGGGUGACUCGAUUUGCCAUUAAAUGGGACUCCGAUGCCUCUGCCCCCGCCGAGUUCCCGCCUGACCAGCCUGAGGCUGACCUGGUUGCUGAUGGCGAAGAAUAUGGCGCGGAAGAGGCCGAGGAAGAGGAGGAGGAAGAGCUUGUAGAAGGGGCGGAAGCUGCAGCCGACCCUGAUGCUAUGGUUCAAGACUCCGAGAUGGCUGUGGCUGAUGUCGACCCAGCUACCGCUGCUGAUGACGAUGAGGAUGCUGGCAGCGAGGAUCUGGAAGCCGAGAGCAGCGGUAGUGAGGACGAGGAACUUGAGGAAGAGGAAGAUGCUGAGGGAGAUGGUGAUGAGGCCAUGGAGGUGGAUGGCGGCGAGAAGCCAAACGGUGCGGGUGACGCCGUUGGACACCAGCACGCUGAUGCCGUCAUGGCUCAUUGA